CUUCUUCCUGCCACCUCGCGGCCUCCGCCCGACGACCUCCUCCUCCUCCACCGCCGCCGCAUCGGCCGCGACAUAGAAACCAGCCCCCCCUCCCGAUCCUGCUCCCGCUUCCGCCGCCAACCGAUGGCCCACCGCCUCCUCCUCCCCUCCGCCCCACUCCUGCCCGCCCCAGGCACCGCCGCGGCCACCCCGCGGCGUCGCGGUGGUGGCCGCACCGCGGUCGCCGUGCGCGCCGCGCUCUCGGCUCCCGCGGCGCAGGUGGCGGCGGGUGCGGGGGCGGGGGCGGUGCGGUCGAUCUGCGCGCGGCAGAUCGUGGACAGCCGCGGGAACCCCACCGUGGAGGUCGACCUCGUCGCCGGCGACGGCCGGCUCCACCGCUCCGCGGUGCCCAGCGGCGCCUCCACGGGGAUCUACGAGGCGCUCGAGCUGAGGGACGGCGACAGGGAGGUGUACGCAGGGAAGGGCGUGCUCAACGCCGUCCGCAACAUCAACGAGGUCAUCGCGCCGAAGCUCGUCGGCGUCGACGUCAGGAACCAGAGUGAUGUUGAUGCAAUCAUGCUUGACAUUGAUGGAACUCCAAACAAAUCAAAACUGGGUGCCAAUGCUAUUCUUGGUGUCUCCUUAAGCGUAUGCAGGGCUGGUGCUGGUGCAAAGCAGGUUCCUUUAUAUAAACAUAUUCAGGAGUUGGCUGGUACUAAGGAGCUUGUCAUGCCUGUUCCGGCUUUUAAUGUGAUAAAUGGAGGUAGCCAUGCCGGCAACAAUCUGGCCAUGCAGGAGUUCAUGCUUUUACCUGUGGGAGCAGCUUCAUUUUCUGAGGCCCUUCGUAUGGGCAGUGAAGUUUAUCAUGCCCUAAAGGGCAUCAUUAAGGCGAAAUACGGUCAAGAUGCAUGCAAUGUUGGAGAUGAAGGUGGCUUUGCUCCUAAUGUUCAAGAUAACAGAGAAGGCCUUGUUUUACUUAUGGAUGCCAUUGAGAAGGCAGGCUACACUGGAAAGAUCAAAAUUGGAAUGGAUGUUGCAGCAUCAGAGUUUCUUACAAAGGAUGCAAGCUAUGACCUAAACUUUAAGAAUCAACCUAAUGAUGGAGCUCAUGUUCUUUCAGCUCAGCGUCUCUGUGAUCUGUACAAAGAAUUUGUCAAGGAUUUCCCCAUUGUAUCAAUUGAGGAUCCUUUUGAUCAAGAUGACUGGAACUCGUGGUCAUCAUUGCAGUCCUCAGUUAAUAUCCAAAUUGUUGGGGACGAUUUACUUGUCACGAACCCAAAACGUAUUGCAGAGGCUAUUGGGAAAAAGGCUUGCAAUGCUCUUUUGCUGAAGGUUAAUCAGAUUGGUACUGUCACUGAAUCUAUUCAAGCUGCUCUUGAUUCAAAAGCUGCUGGUUGGGGCGUGAUGGUCAGCCAUAGGAGUGGUGAAACAGAAGAUAAUUUCAUCGCAGAUCUAGCUGUCGGUUUAGCAAGUGGUCAGAUCAAAACUGGAGCUCCAUGUCGUAGCGAGAGAUUGGCAAAAUACAAUCAGCUUCUGCGGAUUGAAGAGGAGCUAGGCAAUGUGCGCUACGCAGGGGAGGCAUUCAGGUCUCCCUAAGAAAUAUACAUACUACAGCAUUUGAAUCGCGGUGAUUGUGUAAUGUUGAGUAGAAAUAAGGUCUUUUACCAUGAGGCAUCCCAGUUUUCGCCACUUGAUUUGUUAGAUGCAUGAUUCUAUAUGCAUCUGUAGCCUUUCUACUGGAGAAAGGCAUUAGAGACCGACUGCUAGGAAACAAGUUGUAUCUUCAGCAUGAUUAGGAACUCUUUUGCUUGGGAUCAUACCGUUCUCCUGUCAUGCAUUAUUUAUCAAGAUAAUGGACUAUAUGAAA